UUUACCAUAUUAUUAGUGAAUCUUAUUUCAUUUUGUGCGCAAAAUUACUAGCCGUCGAAAGUCCGAAAUUUUUCUUUUAUACUGUUGGUUUUUUAAUAAUUAUUUCGCACACCGUUCUCUACACUCGGGCACGCCUCUAUUGUGCACACUACUGUUGUCAAUUCGAGUGAUGUUUUGAAGUCCCUCGAGCCACUACAAUCCAAGAUGUCUAAAACCAACGUCAACGUUAGUUUUGCUUGCCAGCGUUGUUUCACGCCGAUCCAAUUGGACAGCUCGUUCAACAGCAUCAGCGAGCACACCAUCGCUGAAUUGUCACUGCCGAUUGUCUCAUGUCCGGAAGUUGAUCUUGAGUCUCAGGCAAAGCACAUUGAUCACAUGAUACCCGGUUUUCACUUGAACGAUUCAUCCAGUGGAAAUAAUGGUUUUACAUUGUUGGGCGAAGGAGAAACGCCGACUCUUAGCCAUCAAAUGAAGGUGGCGGCCAACCUUUUCGAUAUUGUAUCUGGAAAUUCAAAGGUAAAUCAUCCACUAUGUGAUGAGUGCACCGAUGUAUUGAUGGACAUGAUGGAAGAAGAGCUACAACAAGCCGAAGCGGACCACAUAGAUUACAGCAAUUACUUGAAAGAACUUUCCACCGAAGAACCAGAAGACAUGGAUGCACUGAACAAAGAGUUGGAAGACUUGAUGAAAGAAGAGAAAAAGUUGAUGAGUGAACUAGCAACCUUGCAAGAGACUGAAAACGCAUUAGAUUGUGAUAUAAAAGAAGCGGAGAAAGAAAAAGAAAGAUUAAUUAAAGAAGAGGAGCGGUAUUGGAAAGAAUACAGUAAACAUCGAAGGGAUUGUAUUCUCAUAGAAGAUAAACAAAAAAGUGUUGAAUGUCAAAUAAUGUAUACCACUUCACAAUUGGCGAAGUUAAGAAAAACAAAUGUGUUUAACGCAACCUUUCACAUAUGGCAUCAUGGUCAUUUUGGAACCAUCAACAAAUUGCGAUUGGGUAGAUUGCCAUCAGCUCCAGUGGAUUGGGCAGAAAUAAAUGCAGCGUGGGGUCAAGUCACAUUGCUGUUAGUGUCACUAGCUAGAUAUAUGAAUUUGAAAUUUGAAAAAUACCGUCUUGUACCUUAUGGAAAUCAUUCUUAUGUUGAAGUCUUGGGCGAAAAGAAGACGUUGCCACUGUAUGGCCAAGGUGGCAUACGCUUUGUCUGGAACACAAAAUUUGAUUUGGCUAUGGUUGCAUUUUUAGACUGCCUGCAGCAAUUCAAAGAAGAAGUUGAAAAGGGUAAUUCUGGAUUUCAUUUACCGUAUAGAAUGGAAAAAGGAAAAAUAGAAGAUUCAGCGACUGGCAAUACAUACAACAUCCGAAUACAAUUGAAUUCCGAAGAAGGUUGGACUAAAGCUCUUAAGUUUAUGCUUACCAAUUUAAAAUGGGGCUUAGGUUGGGUAUCUGCUAAGAUUAAUCACGAAACAUAAACUUAAAAGAAAUUGAUUAUGAAUUUGAAAAAUAAUAUAAUUUGUAUUUUAUAUUUUUUUUAUAAAUGUAUAACUUAUUAAAUAGUAAA